CAAUGGAGGAAGAGGAAGAGGAAGAAGAGAGUGCCCACUAUAAAUGAGAGCCUGGGUGGGGUGGGGUGGCCUUCACCUGAGCCAUCGCCCCCAGCUGCUCUGCAACUCUUCCUGGCCUGGAGCAUAUUGCCUAGUGGCUAGUGCUCGCUAGAGCUAGAGCUUCGAUUCUCAUCCAUCCAUCCAUCCCUGCUUCUAGUCGCGGUGAUAUGAAGAGCAGGAAGCAGCAGCAGAGCACGAGAAGCGCAGCAGGAGGAGGAGGAGACACGAGCAGCAGCGGAGGAGGAGGAGGCAACUGGUAUAGCAGCAGCAAGAUGGAGCGGAAGGACGUGGAGAAGAACCGGCGGCUCCACAUGAAGGGCCUCUGCCUCAAGCUCUCCUCCCUCAUCCCUCCUCCUCCUCCUCCUCAGCCUCACCACCACCACCACUCCACCUCCCCUCCUUCCUCCACCUGCAAGGAGACGGUGACGCAGCUGGAGCACCUGGAGCAGGCGGCGGCGUACAUCAAGCAGCUCAAGGGGAGGAUCGACGAGCUCAAGAAGAGGAAGCAGCAGGCGGCGCCGCUGAGCAGCAUGCCGGUGGUGGAGGUGCGGUGCCAGGAGGGGACGCUGGACGUGGUGGUGGUGAGCGAGGCCGGCGACAGGGCGGCAGCGCCGGUGCGGCUGCACGAGGUGAUCGCCGUGCUGGAGGAGGAAGGCGCUGAGGUGGUGAACGCCAGCUUCUCCGUGGUCGGCGACAAGAUCUUCUACACGCUCCACUCCCAGGCGCUCUGCUCCAGGGUCGGCCUCGACGCCUCCAGGGUCUCCCACAGGCUGCGCACCCUCCUCCUCCUCGUCUAAUCCAUCAUCAUCUUCAUUGCAAAUCUCUGCUGCGUAUUGAUCAAUAAAAUAUCUAUCUCUGAGAUAUCAUAAAGAGUACACCUUUAGGUAGGUUAAUUACUUAGUGAAUUAUGAAGAGUUUUUACUAGCUGAGCUAAUGGCCGGAUGGCAUGAGCAGGAGCAAGCUGCUAAUUAGGUUUCGUUUUUUGCACUAUCCCUCCUUCUGGGUGCCUGGGUGCUGCAUGUACAGCUAGUUAGCUACCUGCCUGCCCUCUCUAUGUCUCCAUCCUUACCAGUAUGUGUGUGUGUUUUGUGUUGUGUUCUUUCGAUAGAUCAGCUGCCUGAAAUCAAUCCGAUCCCAUGUAUUUUGUUUGCAUGCUCUCUACCCUACGAACAUGCAUCAGUGUUGUAAUGCUCAAGACUUCUCUCAAUGUAGGCCUAAUUCUAAAAGAGAAAAAAAGGUAUGAAGAUAAAAGGAAAUUGCUUUCUCAUCGAUUCCCCUGGUAUAAAAUGGAACAAUCCUUACAAACGAGGCACUCUCUUGUUCUUAU